AUGCCCUCCUACGCCAUCACCGGCGCCUCCAAAGGCAUCGGCCGCGAAUUCGUCCGCCAGCUCGCCCAAUCCCCCUCCAACACCAUCCUCGCCCUCGUCCGCAGCCCAUCCCCGGCCCUCCUCGCCCUCGCCCAGUCUCACCCAAACAUCCACAUCAUCAAGAACGCCGACACCACCGACCCAUCCUCCGUCCUCGCCGCCGCCCGCGAAGCCUCCCAGAUCCUCGGCGACAGCAGCGGCGGGCUCGACGUCCUCAUCCACAACGCAAACUCCGUCAACCUCGACACCUUUGCGCUGCCCCCCUCAAAGGUCCCCUUUGACCUCGAGGCCACCAGGACUUUCUACGAGGUGCCCGCUCGCACCGCGAUUUGGGGCGGCGCCUGGACCACGAAUGCCUUCUUGCCGCUCAUUGAAAAGGGCCAGCUGAAGAAGAUUGUCCACAUCACGAGCACCAUGGCAGACACCGACUUCAUUCUCGGCUCAGGAAUCGAUUACGCGCUCGCCUAUGCUAUUGCAAAGGCCGGCAUGAAUGUCCAAGUCGCAAAGUACGCGGCUGAACUCGCGCCCAAGGGCAUCAAGACUCUGUCUCUGUGCCCCGGCUGGGUCGACACUUGGGAGAGCCCAAAGCCACCUCAACUUGUUGAGGCGGAAGAGUUGAUGCUCGCCCAAUUCCGCAAGGUUGAGCCCGACCUCAAGGGGCAAAUCUCCGUCCAAGAAAGUGUCUCGCAACAGCUCAAAGUCAUUGACGCACUCGACGCUGCCAGAAGUGGCACCGUCAUCAAGGCUCGUGACUUCAAGGCCUAG